GAGGUCAUCACGGACGCCAAGGCCAUGCGCGCGUGGUCCCGCGCGCACCGCAUCGCGGGGCGCCGCGUCGCCCUCGUCCCCACGAUGGGCUACCUCCACGACGGGCACCUGUCCCUCGUCAGCGCCGCGUUGGACCGAGCCGACGCGAUCGUCGUCAGCAUCUACGUCAACCCGGCGCAGUUCGCCGCGCACGAGGAUUUCGGGACGUACCCGAGGGAUCAAGACGGGGACCUGGCGAAGCUGAGGGCGCUGGGGGUCCACGCGGUGUUCCAACCGGAGGCGCUGUACGCGGGCAGAGCGCCCCACGGGCACGACGAGGCGGCGGCAAAGGAAGAGACAAAGGCGGCAAAGGAAGAGACGGAAGGGACGGAAAAAGCCCAAGGAGGGACGGACGAAAAGGCACGGCUCGCGGCGGGAGGGACGAAGCGAGACGUUCCCCCGCACGAGACGUUCGUGACGGUGGAGGAGCUCCAGCGGGGGUUCUGCUCCGUCACGAGGCCGCACUUUUUCCGAGGGGUUGCCACCGUGGUGUGCAAGCUGUUCAACAUAUGCGAGCCCGACGUGGCGGUGUUCGGCAAGAAGGACUACCAGCAGUGGCGUCUCAUCCGGCGCAUGGUCCGCGACCUCGACUUCGAGAUCGACGUCGUGGGGGUACCCCUGGCGCGCGAACCCGACGGCCUCGCCAUGAGCAGCAGGAACGUGCGGUUGACGCCGCAGCACAGGAAAAACGCGGUACGCAUCAGCGAGGCCAUCGCGCUGGUCAAGGAGGUGUGCGAGCUGGCCGUCGCGAACGGAACCCCGAAGGAUGCCACGCACUUCAAGGGGCUCAUCUGCCAGGCGAUCGCGAACAGCGGCGGCGUCGUCGACUACGUGGACAUCGUGGAGCAGCGGACGCUGAAGCCUGUGGAGUGGCCGCUUCGAGGGCCGAUACCCGCACACGUGCCGCAGGUGAUUUUAGUCGCGGCCAAGUACGGUGACGUCAGGUUACUCGACAACGUCGAGUUG